AAUUACUUGCUUUUGGAAUUUAAAUAGGAAGAUCUGCUCUGCUUAGAAGAGUAGGCUGAAUGAUACUUUUACUUUAUACAGUACAUGUGCGACAUUACCAUAUUUAAUAUAGCUACAGUACAUCAUACUUGAACAUCCUACUCACAUACGCCAUACACUGACUACAAAACAACCCCCCAAAAUGCCAGAGAUCAAGAAAGCCAUCAUCAUCGGCGCCGGCCCUGCUGGUAUCGCAGCAGCAAUCCGCCUAACCAAACACAACAACAUCUCAUGCACCGUGUAUGAACUCAGACCAGUCCCAACCACACUAGGCGGUGCGAUAGGCAUCCCAUCAAAUGGACUGCGUCUUUUCGACCGUCUCGGUCUCUACAACGCUCUCUCGACCAAAGGUUCAGUGGCGUCUAGAUUCCGUCUCCAUUUCGCACAAGGCGGCGGCGUCGUCGAAGCCGACGUUAUACCAGAAGAAGUUCGACAGAAGACUGGAUUCAGCCUCAUGCGCAUCAAACGGGUUGAACUCAUGGAUGUACUCCUCCAUACUGCAUCGGAGAUGAAUAUCCCGAUCCAUUUCGGGAAGAAAAUAGUCACUAUCACCGAGGACGACGAAGAAGAUACGAAGAGCAACAGCAGCAUCACAGUGACUUUUUCCGACGGGACAACCGACUCCGCAGACCUGCUUCUAGGCUGCGAUGGGAUUCACUCCGCUGUACGAACGCAAUACGUCGACCCAUCAUGUCAGCCUGAAUAUUCAGGAGUUUCCGGCACGUGCGUAAUCUUACCGACAAGUGCUCUUUCAGCUGAGAGCCAUGAAUCAUUACAAGCCAUCAACGUGUCACUUACGACUGAAGGAGCAUUUGCUCUCGUACCCUGCACUGCAGCUGGAGAUGAGUUGUUUUUCGUCUUUUCGCGGAAAGUGCCACUUCCUGAAUCGGGAGAUACGCGAGAUGGAUGGGAGGAACAUCGCAAGAAGGAGGUUGAGAGUUUUAAGAACAUGUUGCUUGAUGGUGUUUUGAAGGAUGUGCAUGGGAAAUGGGGCGAGGUGCUAACGCAGGCUGUGAAUGGGACUAGUUCUGUGUCUUUUUAUCCUGUCUAUCGACUCCCGUUGGGGGGGAGGUGGUUUCGUGGUCGAUGCUUGUUGAUGGGUGAUGCGGCACAUGCGAUGCAGCCGCAUGCUGGACAGGGGGUGUCGAUGGCGGUGGAAGAUGUGUUUUUGCUCUCGAGGUUAUUGAAGGAUGGUGAGGGUGGUGAUACUUCUUUGAGUGAGGUCUUUGAGAAGUUUGAGCGCGUGAGGAGACCGAGGAUUGAUCGGAUCUACGAGACUGCAGCGCGGAAUGGGGAGAGAAGAAAGCAGACUGGUCCGUGGGGUUUAUGGGCGAAGGAGUGGGUGAUGUGGGCGGGAAUUCUAGCGUCGAAGGCGAUAGGCAAGCAGGUGACGUUUAUUUCUAAUCCGGAGGAUCUGGUUUAUGAUAUUGAUGAAGUGGAGAUUUGAUUUGAAGUGAGCUGCGCUCAACUAUCUCAGCUAUCACAGCUGGAGUGGUGAAUGUUCACCUAAAGAUACAUGCAUCUCGACUCAUUUUUUUUUCUAGGCUUUUCUCUUUUCAUUAUUUGUUCCUUUUUUGGCGCCUAUUUCACAUAUCAUAUGUCAACCCAUAUCUGUAGGCUUU